AUGGCUUCACCAUCGCCAGUCUUACCCACAAGCCGUACUUUCAUAACUCGACUCUUUGACUCGCUAUCAACACUACCAAGUGACCAAGGCGCCGCUACCAACGAUCAUGCCAAAACCAAUAUCAACCCGCUGAACAACUUAUCCGACGCGACGAGGAAACAUUUACUGAGCUUCCAAGUAGUUUUCCCGACGGAGUUCGUACCAGCCUUGGAUUUGUUAGAUCGGCGUCUUGUAACACGUUUCCAUAUCCGCAAUGAGGAGCAAAUGGCCGAGCUGAAGACGGUCGUUGAUGCGGGAGACCAACAGCAAGAUGUGCACAUGAUGCAAGACACAACGGUAGAGAUGACGGACAAAGACAAGACAAAUGACUUGAACAACAACAACAAUAACACGAUAUACUACGUCCGCUCCGCGCAACAACAACGCUCCUCACGCUUCGCCACAUCCUACGACACAACAACAUACUACCAAGUCCGCCUCCGCGCCUGGAACUGCUCUUGUCCCGCAUUCGCCUUUUCCGCUUUCCCUGCUACUACUGUUACGACGAGGCAUGCUGAGAAUGAAGAAACAGCAGCAGCAGUCCACACCCCAUUACACAACAAUCCAACAACACACCAGGAAUUGGAUAAUAGUAAGGAUAGCAACAACAGUGAUGAUGACAAUGCGGAUAACAAGUGGAUAUUCGGGGGAAUUAGUCUCGUCGGGAAAGAAACGAUGCCGCCCGUGUGUAAACACCUCCUCGCAUGCGUGUUUGUGGAAAGAUGCAAGGGGUUGUUUGGGGGGUUUGUAGAGGACAGAGAGGUUAGCGUUGAGGAGGCGGCGGGAUGGGCUGCUGGUUGGGGUGAUUGA